CUACCUAACCUUAUCCCUUCUCCAACCCUCCUGGCAUUGAAUCUCUUUCCUCAGCACCGUGGAGCCUCUGCUUCCAGAUCCACCUUCCCCUUUAGCCAUUGUUGCGAUGAAUCUCAAUCCUCUGAGUGUAAUCCUUCAAUUUUUUGCCCCAUACUGGAACUACUCUUCAGGGCGCCCUAUUCUAGAAGCUGCGGAUGCUGUAGGGAAGCUGAAACCUCUUGUGGAAGCUAUUAGCUGGGGCAUCAGAUAUCUCGGCGAGAGUGGAGAAGAUGUGAAAGCUCUAACCGACGCCAUGGACAGAUUGAAAGCUACAAGAGCCGGUAUCAUGGAUGAUAUCAACAUCGCCGAGAGAGAAGAAGGGAGCAGGCGCACGCCGGAAGUCGACAACUGGCUCAAGUGGGUGGAAGCGGAAGCAGAUGAAGUGGCCGAAAUUGAAGAAGCCUGCCGGAAGAGGAAGAGGAUGCUUGGAUUCCGCGUCAACUGUGUCACGAGCUACAUAGACGGCCAUAGAGCCAGGAAGAAAGCUAAGGUGGUGGAGGAGCUGCGAAUUGAAGCAAGGUCUAUCCCCAUCACGAGGAGGUUGCCACCGUCAUCGGUCCAGGAGAUGCCUACCAUUCCCAGGAUGGUAGGAAUGGAGUCGUAUAAAAACGAAGUCCUGCUCCACCUUGCUGAUGAUAGCAUGGGUAUCAUCGCGAUUAGGGGCAUGGGCGGGGUCGGCAAAACCACUCUCCUGAGAGAAGUCAACAACAGUUUCCUCCCCGGCAGUGAGAGGAGCUCGGAGUACGACCAUGUGAUUUGGACGGUGGCUUCCAAAGAGUGUACUCUGGAGAAGCUUCAGAAGGGAAUAGCCCAGAAAUUGGGACUGAAUCUGGAGGCCCAUGCACAGCCUCCAAAUACGGUCCUCUUCGAGAACCUCAAGAGCAAGAACUUCCUGUUGCUACUGGAUGACAUGUGGAGAGGCUACGAGCUGGAGGAUGUGGGGAUCCCACGUCCCAGCACCGGAGGGAAUCAGUAUAAGCGCAAAGUUAUACUCGCUACCCGAUUGCAGAACGUGUGUAGAAAAAUGAGCGCCGACGUUGAGAUCAAGAUGAACUGCUUGGGGCAGCCAGAGGCACUGGAUCUGUUCAAAUUUCAUGUCGGUGAGCAUACCCUCAACUCUCACCCUGACAUAAUUGACCUUGCAAGGGUGGUUGCGGGAGAGUGCAGAGGCUUGCCGCUUGCCCUCAAGACGAUCGGAAGCGCCAUGCGCUACCGCAGGGAACCCGAACACUGGAGGCAUGUAAUCAAGUUGCUGAAGGACUCUAAGCAUGCUGAGAUUCAGGAAAUGGAGAUCCUACCGGAGGAGGGUGAAGAAAGAGAUAUGUUUCGCAUAUUAAAGCUCAGCUAUGACCAUUUGCGUGAUGACAUGACGAGGCAAUGCUUCUUGUCCUGUUGCUUGUGGCCCGAAGACUAUUCAAUUGAGAAAGCCGAUCUUAUAGAUUGUUGGAUGGGUCUAGGCUUAAUCGAUGAAUCGAAUGGGAACUUGUGCUGGGGUCACGAUCGCAUUAGAAUCCUGGAAGAAGUUUGCUUGCUAGAGCCUAGUAACGGUGGAGAGACGGUGAGAAUGCAUGAUGUUAUUCGAGACUUAGCACUAUGGAUCGCUUCCGACUGCGGGCGGAACAAGAAUAAAUGGUUGGUUCAAGCCUGGGUUGGCCUGAAGGAAGCAAUAGAUGUGAAACGGAAAUGGAUUGGAGCAGAAGGAGUAGAAAGAAUAUCGCUAAUGGAAAAUGAAAUACAAAUGUUGCCCCGCCUUGCUAAUCGGCCCCAUCUCAAAGUCUUGAUGCUCCAAUGGAACAGAAAUCUUAGACGCAUCCCACCUUACUUUUUCCAAUGCGUGCCUUCUCUAACUUAUCUAGAUUUAUCCAACACCGCAUUGGAGGAUUUACCGAAAGAGAUUGGCAUACUAGUUCAGUUGCAGUAUCUUAAUUUAUCCGAGACACGCAUCGAAGCAUUGCCGAAGGAGCUGGCAUGUCUUAAAGAGCUGAAGUACUUGCUACUGAGAAAUACAUAUUGUCUCGAGAGAAUAGCUCGUGGUGGGAUAUCAAAUCUUUCUAAGCUGCGGCAGCUUGAUCUUUAUGGAACCUACUAUGUAGACUGGGAAUUUGAAGGUAGCAGAAGUGUUGGUAAUGAAGAGAAUACGGUAAGUUUCGAAGAGUUGGAAGAACUGAACUCGAAGGUGAUGCGGUUGACAGAUCUUGGAAUCACGGUAGAUAAAGUGCGAACCCUCCAGAUGCUCUCAAGCUUAGACAACAUAGUUACUCGGUACCUCCACAUAUGGAUUGCAUGCAGCUCGGCAUCCAUCCAGUUGACACCAUCUGCCGUCAAAGCCCAACUUGGAAGCCUCAACAUGUUGAAGAGCCUGCAGAAGCUGCAGAUUCGAUCCUAUAGCUUAGUAGUGCUGGAGGUGGAUGGUGAGGACCAGGAUCGUGAUAUGGAUUGGCAACUUCCAGAUCUUGAGGAACUCCAACUCCAUGACUUGAAGGUGGUAAAGUGGACGAGAGUAUCGAUCUCAGAUUUCCUUCCGCAGCUGCGGUCGGUGGUCAUUUCUUCCUGCCCUGAGUUAGAGAAUGCUAACUGGGUUCUGCCGCUCCCAAAGCUCGAGUCUCUAAAGAUACAGUCGUGCCCCAAAAUGUGGCGAGUGAUCGAUGAUUCAAUAGGUAGCCACUUUGGUGCCUUCCGCUGUCUUAGGUUAUUGCAUCUUCACAAGUUAAACAGCUUAAGUAGCAUCUGUGAUCUGGCAAUCAGUUUCCCGUCUUUGGAACAUAUUGAAAUUCUUCGUUGUGACGAGCUGAAGCAACUGCCCGUCAAGAUCAUAGGGAGGAACUUACGGGAGAUAUGGGGCAGUGAAGGAUGGUGGCAAAGCUUACAAUGGCAGGAUGAGAACGUCAAAGCCUCCCUCCUCCCUCAUUUCAGGAGACUCAAUUAACAGGGGACCAGCACCACCGUGGACCUCGGGGAUGAUACCUUCUUGGUCCCGGCAGCGGCGACUUAUGUGCCAUGGACUUUGCUGGUCACAAUGAACAGCCUAUCGGGAAUGCGGUGUCAGAGGCAAUGUAUGGCCUCCCCACAAAAUCACACCGCUUAUAGAUGGUAAAAGAAGAUGAGGAAUCAGCUAAUGUUCAGAUGAAGAAAUACGUUGAUACAUCUGCUACCAUGGCUCACUAUAUUCAAAGGAUUGGGCACAAACUGGUGAAGAAGUGUGUUAUUGGCUUGGUUAGGUGUGGCAAAUCAGUCUGACUUGAUGUUUUAAACCAGGUUAUUUGUCCCCUGCCCGUGGUUUCUCAUGUUUUAAAUAAAGCAAUAGUCUCGUGCAUAGACGCAGAUGCUUAGAAUUUGGAUGUAUGUAUUGCAGAUUAUUCUUAG